AUGACGGGGGCCAGCAACGCCCGUGCGGCCCUGAACGCCGCCCAGCUGCGCCACGGCGCUCCCCGGCUCCCGGCCCGCGCGGAACAACCGUUGCCGCGGGGCAGGGAGCCGCCGGCGCCGCCCCCUCCGCCGCGUAACGGCCGUUCCGCCACCGCCUCCCCGCGCAGGCGCCCGCACCAACGGUCCCGGGGCGGGGCCACGGCGUUCCUGCUUUUCUGUGCUCCGGAGAAAUUCAGCGACCRUUUGGACAUAGGGAAGGGAGGUUGUCUCUUCCGUGAGCCAUUUAAAGCGUUUGGCAUGUCGCCUGAAGCACUAAAAGAAAUAGAUGAUGUCUACGAAAAAUACAAGUCGGAAAAUGAUCCUGCCCAUAAGAAACGCUUGCAGCAGCAUCUUCAGCGUGCAUUAAUCAACAGCCAAGAACUUGGAGAUGAAAAAAUUCAAAUAGUUACUCAGAUGCUAGAACUCGUAGAGAAUAGAGCACGGCAAAUGGAAACACACUCGCAAUGUUUUCAAGAUGUGUCUGAGAAUGAAAAGCCCCUGGAAAAGGCAAAGAUGGAUUCCUGCCAACCGGAGCGAUCUUCGCGCCGGCCCCGCCGGCAGCGCACAAGCGAAAGCCGCGAUCUGUGCCAUAUAGCAAAUGGCAUCGACGACUGCGAUGAGCCACCCAAGGAAAAAAGAUCCAAAUCUUCCAAGAAGAAAAAACGCUCCAAAGCCAAGCAAGAGAGGGAGAUGUCACCYGUAGAAUUUGCAAUUGAUCCCAACGAACCAACUUAUUGCUUGUGUAACCAGGUGUCUUAUGGCGAAAUGAUAGGAUGUGAUAAUGAACAGUGUCCUAUUGAGUGGUUUCACUUCUCGUGUGUUGGACUCACCUACAAACCAAAGGGGAAAUGGUACUGCCCCAAGUGCAGAGGAGAUAAUGAGAAAACUAUGGACAAAUGUACUGACAAAUCAAAAAAAGAUAGAAGAUCGAGGUAGUGAAAGCAAUUCAUGUUUUAAAGAGUUGCUCCUUUUAUAUUGAGAUGUUUAAUUUCCAGAGAACGCUGUUUUAGGAAAUGCAUAAGACUAUGCAAUAAUUUUUAACCUAUAAUAUUAAUGGAGUAUUAAAAGCUGUCAUACCUUCUGUGAUCUUUAACUUUCUGCACUGAAUAACCAAAUAGUUGAGACAGGGUGACUUCAGACCUUCACAGAAGACAUUACAAGCAUAUGGCUCUUGGUUUCAGUUUAACCCAUUAGUAUUUUAAAAAGCCUUGUGAAUCUUGAAAUAGUGGUGAUGGGAAAGAUACUGAAGAACUUUUCAUUUUAUGGGAAAUUUAUUGAGUUCCUCUGAGGCGCCCUCACGUAACUGUUAAAAUUCUAACAACUGAAUUUGGUAUUCCAGGUCUUAAGAGUUUGGGGCUUUUUGUAUUAACAUCACAUUUUUGGAAUUAGGGUUUUUGAAUUCAGCCAUGUAUGUAAAGUCUUCCAAGCUUAAAGCAGACCUCUUCAGUGACUUUCAUA